GGGGUGACUCACGCCGCUUCUCCCGCGGCCGCGGGGGCUUCUCCGGGUCCGCGCAAACCCUGCGCCGCCCGGACCCGAGCAGAGCCUCCCCGCGGCCCGGCCGCACCAGGUCCCGAGAGGUACCAUGAUGUGGGGUGCAGGCAGCCCCCUGGCUUGGCUCUCCGCCGGCUCAGGCAACGUGAAUGUGAGCAGCGUGGGCUCCGCGGAGGCGCCCACAGGCCCAGCCACCCCGCUGCCCUCGCCCAGGGCCUGGGAUGUGGUGCUGUGUAUCUCAGGCACCCUGGUGUCCUGUGAGAACGCACUGGUGGUGGCCAUCAUUGUGGGCACUCCCACCUUCCGCGCCCCCAUGUUCCUGCUGGUGGGCAGCCUGGCUGUGGCCGACCUGCUGGCGGGCCUGGGCCUGGUCCUGCACUUUGCCGCUGUGUUCUGCAUUGGCUCGGCGGAGAUGAGCCUGGUGCUGGUCGGCGUGCUGGCGAUGGCCUUUACUGCCAGCGUGGGCAGCCUACUGGCCAUCACCGUCGAUCGCUACCUUUCUCUGUACAAUGCCCUCACCUACUAUUCAGAGACAACGGUGACUCGGACCUAUGUGAUGCUGGCCCUCGUGUGGGGAGGCGCCCUGGGCCUGGGGCUGCUGCCUGUGCUGGCCUGGAACUGUCUGGAUGCCCGGGCCACAUGUGGCGUGGUAUAUCCACUCUCCAAGAACCAUCUGGUGGUCCUGGCCAUUGCCUUCUUCAUGGUGUUUGGCAUCAUGUUGCAGCUCUAUGCCCAGAUCUGCCGCAUCGUCUGCCGCCAUGCCCAGCAGAUUGCCCUCCAGCGGCACCUGCUGCCCGCCUCCCACUACGUGGCCACCCGAAAGGGCAUCGCCACACUGGCCGUGGUGCUUGGCGCCUUUGCCGCCUGUUGGCUGCCCUUCACUGUCUACUGCCUGCUGGGGGAUGCCCACUCCCCACCCCUCUACACCUAUCUCACCCUGCUCCCUGCGACCUAUAACUCCAUGAUCAACCCCAUCAUCUACGCCUUCCGCAACCAGGACGUGCAGAAGGUGCUGUGGGCCAUCUGCUGCUGUUGUUCCUCUUCCAAGAUCUCCUUCCGAUCCCGUUCCCCCAGUGACGUCUAGUCAUAUCCUGGUGACUUCAGCCCUGAUCACUAAGAAUUCCAGAACGUUAGGUCCUCUAGGGCUUUGUUCCAACCCCCAGCUCCACACCUCCAAGACCCAGCUGGUUCUGGAGUUCUAGGACAUUGGGUGUUUCACAGGAUUCUGUCCAGAUCCCUACAGGGCCCAGCUGGCUCCAUGGUUCUAGAAUGUUCAGGUGGCCAGGGUUCCACUCAGAAAUGUCCCACAGUCCAGCUGGCUUGGAGUUGCAGAAUGCUGCUGGGCGUUUUACAGUGCCAUUCCAAGUCCCUGAUCUCCCCCCCCACCCACCUUGACCUUAAUCAUGUCACUUUACUUUUGAGUUUCUGAACUAAAGAGUCAGAGAGGUUAGUCACUCAGUUGCCUAGAUAGGAGAAAGAAAGAAAAAUGUAUCUAUAUAUAUAUGUGCGCAUACAAAAAGAGUAUCUAUUUAUAAUUUAUUUAUUUACUUAUUUAUUUACUUAUUUAUUUAUGGACAGUAAGGGGAAAAAAGAGACCCACACCUUGAAAUCCAGGCCAUACCAGGGUACCCCCAGUCCCCACACCCCCAUUGCUGACCUCAGUUCCUAGAGGGGGGAAGGGAGAAAGAGAAACCACGUAUUUUGUUAUUAUUUUUGCUUAUUUUUUAUCGAAGAGAUCAUAGAAACCAGAGCCUUCUCCCCAGACCCGCCCCCCUCGGGUUUGCUGGGAGAACACACCAGCCUCUGGUUUUUUAUUUUUUUAAGAAGCCAUCACCUGAGCAACCGAGAAUUCCUCUGCGCUGGGGGCCGGCUGCCCUCUGGUGGCCGUUUGGGGGAAACUGCAGCCCGGCCAGGCAGCCGGGAUGAGACGUCUCGCGUCCCCAGCUCCACUCCGGCCUGGCAUCCAGCGCCACAGCCAGGACCUGGGGGCCAGGCCCCACCCUGCGGUGCCCUGGAGGAGGCAGGGUGUGAGCCAACACCUGACCCCUCUGCCAACCGGGGUAUGGCCUCCAGUGCUUCCCUAUUCCUAUCCCUGACCCAUCGCUCAAUAAAAAAUGAUUUUGUGAUAAGUAUGUUUCUGUCUCUAUGUGUGGAAGGGGUGGAGUGGGCCUGAUGUGGGGGGAGCCUGGAAUGGGAGGGAAUUAGGUCAGGCCUGGGAACCUGUUGAGGGUUCUGGGGAAGCUAGAAACCCAGGGUAGAGUGUGGUUGGCAGGUGACACCCCCACCCCUUUAGAGGCCAAUCUAAUGCGCCUCUCUGCUCAGACCCAGGCACAGCCAGGCAAGGACCCCACCUUAUCUUGAGGACAGGAACCAGGGUGCUAGGCCCUUCUCGGGUUGAGGAUGCCCAUGUGCGCUUUUGUUUGGAGCUUUGACAUGAAGUAUAUGGUCAAAGCAUAUCCGUUUCCUUAAUAAUGCUCCUUCUAAUUGUGGGUGUUCUCUGCAUGCUGGCACUUCGCCAAGUGUGCUGCACGCGCUGCCUCGUUCAUGCUGAACAAGCAUCCCACGGCACAGGUAACACCUUCUCCAUUUUACAGAUGAGAAAACCGAGGCUGGAGGGGGCUUAGUGACUGGCCCAAGGGAACAUCCAUUUCCACAACCUGUGCUCUAUUAGCCAAUGGCCCCUCCUCUCCUUCCUUCCCGAGCCUGGGGCUUAGGACAUUCUGGACCCUGAUUUGUGUUGGGGUUCAUUCUCAGAGCCAGAGGCCACAUUUGGGAGGAGGUUGGGUGGACUGUGGUCAUUCUGGAGCUGGAAGAGCUUCUUUUCUAUCUGAAGGUGAGUGAUGGCAAGUGCAUGCAUUUGAGGACGUAAGUGUGCAGGACCCCGAGUGUGGGUGUUUUGCAGCCAGGAAGAGUACGCUCACCAGGCAAGGGCAGGAGCGGGUUUGGAAGUGUGGCUAACGAGGAAUCUGUUUCUUGAGUAGCAAAGCCUCCCAGCCUCCCAAGCCUCCCAUGUAGACAAAGCCUGGAGGUGGGACCCUUUAACACCCCUCCAUUGUACAGACGGGGAGACUGAGGCCUGAAGAAGAACAGUCACUUGCUCAAACCCACACAGCUGUGCCAGGCUAGGACUCAGGUCUUUCUCCACUUCCCUGGCCAGAGCUUCUCUCACCUACUGUUCAAGGCUCCUCCCCAACACUGGCCACAGGACUCCAAGGGGAGGGGACCUGCCAACAGCGGCUGGGUCAGAGCUGGUGGAAGGCAGACCUGGGCUGAGCUAAACAGAGCUCUGGGCCAAAUACAAAGCAGGGGGGGGGGCACCAGGUCAGGUGGAGCCUUUUUUCCCCACCUUCCUGGAAGGUCCCUAGGAAAAG